UGGUACGGACACCCAAGCAGGAACACGCAAUAAACGCGUUUUGUCUUCUAAUCAUCAUUAUGACGUCGUAAUGAGAGGCGCGCGGCUCUUCUUUGGAAGCCUUUGAUUGACAGGUCACCCCCAAAUAUUUUUUUUUUCCUGCAGAGAGGCAUUUGUAGCGCGUAGUGAUGCAUUUGGGAUUGUUUUGAAGCAGCAUCCGUUUCCGAGUAGAACUAUGAAGUGUCCACUCAUAUGCAGUUUAUAAUUAGUUGAAGGUUCUUUGCGUCCAGCUCAACUGCACUACAUUGCACUCCCUGCAUUACAUUGUUUUGGCUUUGGAGUUGGAAUAAGUAUGGGAUUGCCUGCUCUUGAGUUCAGCGACUGUUAUUUGGACAGCCCGCAAUUCCGAGAGAGGCUCAAGUCUCAUGAACUGGAGCUGGAGAAGACCAACAAGUUCAUCAAGGAGCUUAUUAAGGAUGGGAAAGCUUUAAUUCAAGCACUGAAAAAUUUGUCUACUGUAAAGAGGAAGUUUGCAGAGUCACUGAAUGAAUUUAAAUUCCAGUGCAUUGGCGAUGCAGAAACAGAUGAUGAGAUAUGCAUUGCAAAAUCACUGCAGGAGUUUGCAGGAGUCUUACAGAACCUGGAAGAUGAGAGAACACGGAUGAUUGAAAAUGCCAGCGAUGUGUUGAUUUUGCCCCUGGAACGUUUCAGAAAGGAGCAGAUUGGAGCUGCUAAGGAGGCAAAAAAGAAGUAUGAUAAAGAGACUGAGAAGUAUUGUACUGUGUUGGAGAAACAUCUGAGUCUGUCUGCCAAGAAGAAGGAAGCACAUCUUCAUGAAGCCGAUAACCAGGUGGAUCACGUGAGGCAGCACUUCUACGAGGUCUCGCUGGAGUACGUCUUCAAAGUGCAGGAAGUUCAGGAGAGGAAAAUGUUUGAGUUUGUGGAACCGUUGUUGGCGUUUCUACAGGGUCUGUUUACGUAUUAUCAUCAUGGGUACGAACUGGCCAAAGACUUCAACCAUUUCAAGACAGAUCUCACAAUCAGCAUUCAAAAUACGCGGAACCGAUUCGAGAGCACGCGAUCAGAGGUGGAAUGUUUGAUGAAGAAGAUGAAGGAAAACCCGCACGAGCACAAGAGCAUCAGCUCACACACCAUGGAGGGAUACCUGUUUGUGCAGGAGAAACGUUCUUUCGUUUCCACAUGGGUGAAGUACUACUGCAUCUACCACCGAGAGCCCAAACGUAUGACUAUGCUGCUCUUUGAUCAGAAGUCUGGGGGCAAAAAUGGAGAAGAAGAAAGCUUCACACUCAAAUCCUGUACCAGACGGAAAACAGAUUCCAUUGAGAAGAGGUUCUGCUUUGACAUUGAAGCUGUAGACCGGCCUGGCGUGAUCACUAUGCAAGCUCUAUCAGAGGAAGACCGCAGACUGUGGAUGGAAGCCAUGGAUGGAAGAGAACCGGUUUACACAUUGACCCGUGACAGUCAGAAUGAAGCCAUGGCCCAAUUGGACAUCAUUGGCUUCAACGUGAUCAAAAAAUUCAUCUAUGCCGUCGAAACAAGAGGUAUUGACGAGCAGGGGCUGUACAGGAUUGUUGGUGUGAGCUCUAGAGUGCAGAAACUACUGAGCCUGGCAAUGGAUCCCAAAACCUGUGCGGAUGUGGAGCUGGAGAGCACGGAGUGGGAGAUCAAAACCAUAACCAGUGCAAUAAAGUACUACCUCAGGAUGUUGCCAGGUCCUCUGAUGACCUACCAGUACCAGAGAAGCUUCAUCAAAGCAGCCAAACUGGACAAUCCUGAGGCGAGGGUGGAGGAGAUCCACGCCAUUGUGCACCGUCUCCCGGAGAAGAAUCGGCAGAUGCUAGAACUUCUAAUGAAACACUUGGCAAAUGUGGCCAAUCACCACCAGCAGAAUCUGAUGACGGUCGCUAACCUCGGAGUCGUGUUCGGCCCAACACUCUUGAGACCCCAGGAGGAGACAGUGGCCGCCAUCAUGGACAUCAAGUUCCAGAACAUAGUUGUAGAAAUCCUCAUCGAAAAUCAUGAACGGAUCUUCAAAGACAUGCCGGUGUCUGGAGGAGGACAGGGCAACUCCCUGCUCAACCUGCCCAGGAGGAGGAGUGCAGACAGCAAAGCCCCGUCCUGCAGCGAGAGACCCCUCACACUCUUCCACACCCCCAUAUUCACAGAGAAAGACAGAGCAGUGGAGAAGAGGAACAGUGUGGUUGUAAACUCCAGUGCAGAUCUGCCGUCAGUCAACUGUAACAGCACACACAACAGGACUCAACUCAACAGCCUGUCCACUGCAGACGGAGAUCACGAUGGGCUUCUACCCAGACAGAGUUGGCCUAAUUCACUUCAAAAUCCGAUGGUUCGCAGCAGUGUGUCGACAAGCCCCGCUUCACCCAGCCCCACCUCACCACGCUCCCCUUCCUGGCCGAUGUUCUCCGCCUCCUCCAGUCCUCAGCUGGCCUCGUCCACCUCCAGCGAGUCCUCCCCCAUCAGCCCUCCGCUACGGAAAGCACGUGCACUGUACGCCUGUAAGGCUGAACACGACUCGGAGCUCUCCUUUAUCGCUGGGACCAUAUUCGAGAACGUUCAUCCGUCAAGGGAACCAGGCUGGCUGGAGGGCACCUUGGAUGGGAAGACAGGGUUAAUCCCGGAGAACUACGUGGAGUUCGUCUAGCUUUGGACUGGAAGGGAUUUGCUUUGGGUUGGAGUCAAUGAGAGGGGCAAGGCAGAGGCCCAAAAGAACCCAAAAUUCAAAAGGGAAGAGUGUGUCUGUGUGAUAGUAUGGGUUUCUGGCACAUAUUUAAGUCAAGUUCAACCCAAAAAAAAAGGGAAAAAAUCCCUGGGAUGCUGCUGCCUUGACCACAUUCAAGUUCUGAUUUUAAAACAGGAGCUGCCCAUUAUGGAUUACAAUUUUUUUAUACCAAUGCCUGUGAGCACUUGCCAUGAUGUUAAAUGUGUGCUCUUUCUAUGCAGUCUGGGGCUUUUUUGAAUGUCUUAUCUGUUUUUCAGAUUAUCAUAUCUGUUUUGUUUAGAACUACUAAGAGAUAAUUGUUAAUUGUGGGAAAAACUCUUGCACUCUUUUGUAUUUCAGGAAGCAAUCUUAAAACAAAAUAUAUAGAAUAACCUAUAAUAACCUUCUUAGCAUGCAAGUAAAAAGCGCAAAAUAGUUUUUUUUUUUUUUUUUAUGUGAAUUAACAUCAUAUGCAAAUCACUCUUAUUUAUGAGGUAUUAUCUUUGAUGAGAUUUGUGUUCUUUUGGAGUGCAUUAACAUUGUAAAUAAGUGACAAUUGAUAAGGGGUGUGUGUGUGUGUGUGUGUGUGUGUGUGUGUAUGUAUAUAUAUAUAUAUAUAUAUAUAUAUAUAUAUAUAUAUAUAUAUAUUGGAUAAAUUUGAAUUAUAUUUUUAUUGUAGCAAACUAACUUAUUUUCUAUGUUUUUUUGUUUUGUUUUUUUUUGACAUCCCGAUUGAUCUUUUUACAAAUUUUUUUUUUUUUUUUUUUCAGAGCCUUAAUA